AUGUGGCUGGUAAUAAUACUAUUUUUUGUAAUAUUAGUCCUGCUGUAUAUAGACACUUUAAAGCCGAAAAAUUUUCCGCCUGGUCCCAAAUGGCUACCGUUAUUAGGCAAUAUAUUAUUAAUCCAUCGUUUACGUAAACAAAAUGGUUUUUUAUAUAAAGUUAUAGCAAAAAUGGCACAAAAAGAUGGGAUUGUUGGUUUAAAAAUUGGUAAAGAUAAAAUUGUUAUUGGAUACAGUCCCGAAGCUGUCAAAGCUAUCCAUAAGAGUGAAGAUCUACAAGGCCGACCACAUGGGCCAUUUUAUCAAACACGUACAUGGGGCUUACGACGUGGUUUACUUCUAACUGAUGGAGAAUUUUGGAGUGAACAACGACGUUUUGCAUUAAGACAAUUACACGAAUUUGGAUAUGGAAGUCGAAAUAUGUCAUCUUUAGUCGAAGAUGAAUGUGCUCAAUUAAUGAAAGAUGUUAAAGAAAAAUUAGCAGAAUCCAAUAAAAAUCAAGCGGUAUUACAAAUGGAUACAUUUUUCGGUGUUUAUGUACUGAAUACGUUAUGGACUAUGAUGGCGAGCAUUCGAUAUAAUGCAGAUGACAAAGAAUUAGGGUUAUUGCAAAAUUUAUUAAACGAUUUAUUCGAAAAUAUCGAUAUGGUUGGAUCAUUGUUCAGUCAAUUUCCAAUCUUACAAUAUGUCGCACCAGAAUCUUCAGGCUAUAACUUCUUCAUCGAAAUUCAUAAAAAUAUUUGGAAAUUUAUUCGUAAUGAAAUUGAAAAUCAUAAAAAUACCUACAAGGAUGGUCAUAUCCGUGAUUUCAUCGAUGCGUAUUUAGAAGUUUUACAAUCGGAGGAUAAACGUUCUAGUUUCUCAGAACUGCAAUUAGUUGCCGUGUGUAUGGAUUUCUUUAUUGCUGGUUCUGAAACUACAAGCAAAACAUUAGGAUUUGGAUUUUUAUAUUUAUUAUUAAACCCUGAUGUACAACGGAAGGCACAAGAAGAAAUUGAUCGUGUCGUCGGCCCAGAUCGUAUGCCACAGUUAUCUGAUCGCGAUCAAAUGCCAUAUAUGAAUGCAUUUGUUUUGGAAUCAGUCAGGAUGUUUAUGUUCCGUGCAUUUGGAGUUCCUCAUCGUGCUUUACGUGAUACCAAAUUAUUAGGUUACGACAUUCCAAAGGAUACAAUGGUUUUGGCAAAUUUCUAUGGUGUAUUACGUGAUUGGGAAGAUCCAGAUGCAUUCCGACCAGAACGUUUUAUUGAAAACGGUAAAGUGGUUACACCAGACUUAUUCAUUCCAUUUGGAUUUGGAAAACAUCGUUGUGUUGGAGAAUCAUUAGCCAAAGCAAAUAUAUUCUUAUUUUCAGCCUCGUUAUUACAGAAAUUUAAUUUUAGUGUAGUACCUGGUACAAAACCACCAUCGACUAGUGGUGUUGAUAGUUGUACCCCAUCAACGGGGCCAUUUAAAGCUUUAGUAACGUACCGAAAUCAAAACUUAGCGGCUUAGUUAGGAAAAUACGAAAUUUUAUUUAUUUUGUGUUGUUAAAUUUUACCUUUAUAGUCACAUCGCACGAAAUUUGUUAUUGAGAAUAACAGCAUGUCAAUCACGAACUCAAACCCCACCAAAACUGGAUAAAGAACAAAUAUACCUUUGCAAAAAAACCUCUUUUAGAAUUACGUAGCCCUCAGGUCAAUGAUCGAUGCAGACCAACAGACGCAAGAAAUUACCAAUAUGAGAAAUGUAAAGCUCAAUAAUUAAAUUCCAAACGUUAAAACUCUAGAAUUCUAUCUGUUUAUUUAGCAAAAGAUAUAGUUAUCAUUCAUUUUCUAAAUUGAAUGUGGUUUUGGGCUCUAAAACAUGCUCUAGGGCUUGGAAGAGUGUAUAGAAUAAACUUAGAAGAGGUCAUUAUUGAAUUGGAUCUUUCCAGAAACCAUACAGUUAAAAAUAAAUCGUUGUUUCUAGCUGACCUGCUUGUUUUGGUAAAAACGCCACUUGAUUUUUGUCAGAUUUGUCUGUGCUGAUAAAAGACUCUGUGCUGAUAAAAGUCCUGAUUCCUGGCCUACUCGAGAUCCAGUCUUGCUUUACAGAGCAUACGUUACGUGAUGUGACUAUUAGUAUAGUUGUUAAGUUGUUCGAUCAAUUAUCCAAGAUUUUUCUAGAAAAUCUAGAUUGGACUGAUAUUUAUAUUGAUUACGUUUAAAAAAUGGU